GAAGCAAGAACAAAUACAGAGCUGCACUGUGUUUAGUUAUCAUGCAGAACAUAAACUGCAGGAGACACACAGAGACUAACAGGGCACAAUCUCCAUCAGCAUCAGUCAUGAGUUCAGCUCUGUAUCUGGUCCUGCUUUUCUCAGCUCUGUGGACGCUCUCCUUCUGCUGGACUCCUCAGUUUCAUGUGGUGGAAGAAAAUAAGACCUGGACCGACGCUCAGAACUACUGCAGAGAGACAUUCACUGACCUGGCCACCAUUGAGAACCAAGAGCACAUGAAUGCUGUAAAAGCUGUUCUCACAGCGGCAGCAGGCAAUGCCUGGAUCGGACUGAGACGGAAAAUUAACGCCGAUAGCUGGAUCUGGUCAGAUGGGAGUAACUCCUCAUACAGGGACUGGGACACUAGAGAGCCAAACAACGGUGUGGGUGAUUACUGUGUGCAGUUAUUGCAAGACCAUGAAUACAGAUGGAAUGAUGAAUGCUGCCAAUGGGCAAAUCCAUUUAUCUGCUAUAAAGCCAUUCCACUCAUCCUGAUUAAAGAGGAGAAGACGUGGAGAGAAGCUCUGAGCUACUGCAGAGAGAAUCAUGUGGAUCUGGUUUCUGUUCACACUGAGGAAAUCCAGCACUGGGUGGAAACAGCUGUUUAUUAUGCCUCCACUGCUAAUGUGUGGAUGGGUCUGCGUCACACCUGCACCCUGAGCUUCUGGUUCUGGGUGAAAGGAGAGUUCAUCUGCUACCAGAACUGGGCUCCGGGGAACGGGACAGGGGUGGAAGACUGCAGUGGAGGAGAAAGAACAGGAGCGGUGCAGUCUGGGAGUAAGCAGUGGGUCAGUCUGCCAGAGGAUCAGAGACUCAACUUCAUCUGCACCACCUCUGAGGGUAAAUGAGAGAAAUGCCCAGUUGACAUGUAAAGCAACUGAAUCUUCUUUGGUUCUUUUGUAAGGACUAAAAGAGGAUGUGGGCAUAAAUAAUGAACUGCAUUUAUAUACUACUGCACUAUAUAAUCCCGAUAUCUGAUGCUAAAUGCGUUCAGUCAAACUUCUAACAAUGUAUUAUUUACUUAUUCUUCCACUCUAUAAAGCACCACUGAUAAGUAAGCCUUAAUCACUUUCAACAUCAUUUUAAUUAUCAGAUUUUUCUCUUUUUCCCACAAAGCAGAAUGGCAAGGAUAGCUCAACUGAGAUCGCACCUCUAUUUGCCCAAGAAAGCAUUCAAAUUAUUACAAGCAGAGCUUAUCUAUUGUCAGAGUUUUUGCCCAGGUACCUUGGAUUGUUUUGUUUCUUAUCUAAAGUUGGAAGAAAGUGCCAUAAAUCAUGGGUUUUGCGGUAAUAGUGCAUUCCAAAUGGCACAAACAUCUGCAGAUAUAACUUGUGCAGGCUGGUUCUACUGUUCAAAAGCUCUUAGGAGAGCACCGCCAACAGAGUGGAUUGCACAAGAGCUUUCGCCAUGCCCAGUGCCAGUGGGGUAUAAAGCCCCCUGCCAGUCUGGACUGACAUCUAAUAUCUUUCACUAUGAUCCUACUAAUGCUCUUGGGGCUGCAAUCAAAUUCUCACAGCAAUGUUGCUACAUCUAGUGUAAAGCCUUCCCGGACGAGUAGAGGCUGUUACUGCAGCACAGGGGAAAAAUCUCCCUAUUAAUACUACUGAUUUCAGAAGAAACACUGCAUGAGCAGGUGUCCACAAACUUUUGGACACUUAAUGUAUCUGUUUAUUUGCUAAAGCCCAUGUUGGUCCAGGUAUCUUUGGUUUCACCUAAAGAAGAGCUUUGCUCAGAUGCUGUCAGAAGGGUAAAAGCAUUUCAAUUCUCCACGCAGAACAGCCUCCCACAGCUCCGAGAUGCACACAGACUGUUGGUCUAGCGAGUCUAUCCUUUUUGCUUGUAGUUUGAUACUUUUCUUUGUUUUUUAAUUCAUAUUUUAUGGUAAAUUUACUAUUUUCUUUGACUUUAUGUGACUGUUUUCUAUGGAAGUCCAUAGAGGCCAUAGGCUGUUGCUAUAAUUUUCUGCAUAGUUACCUUGACAUAGCAAGAUCAGUAACUUACAGAGCCCCGCUGGCGACAUCAUGUAUAUGUCGUUAUUUCAAGACAACAAAGUUGUUAUCACGAGAUAAUAAG